AUGAUUCGAUUCGAAAUUUCAAAUGGAUUCGUGUCAGUUUCAAAAAGAAAAAUUAUAAAGGAGUUUAUUAAAUUAAAACAAAAUAUGGAAAGUCACCGUGUCUGGCUUCCUGAUCCCCAAGAGGGAUUCAUCCUGGGGAAAGUGGUCGACAUCGGUUUGGGAGAAGUCAUGGUCGAACCUUUGGAUCCUAAAAAAAAAAAAGUCGUCUGCUCGUUGGAUAGAACGUAUACGGCCGAGGAUUACGACAAUAAGGAUGUCGACGAUAAUUGUGCUUUGAUGUUUUUAAACGAAGCAACUUUAUUAAAUAAUAUUAGAAUACGUUAUGGAAAAGAUAAAAUAUACACUUACGUGGCAAAUAUAUUGAUAGCAGUUAAUCCAUAUUUUGAAAUAAAAGAUCUCUAUUCGUCAUCAACGAUAAAAAAAUAUCAGGGAAAAUCUUUGGGAGUUUUACCACCCCACGUAUUCGCCAUAGCGGAUAAAUCCUUUCGUGAUAUGAAAAGUUUAAAACAAUCACAAUCGAUAAUUGUUUCCGGUGAAUCCGGUGCUGGGAAAACGGAAUCGACAAAAUAUUUAUUGAGAUAUUUAUGCGAAUUGUGGGGUUCGACGGCUGGUCCAGUCGAACAAAAAAUUUUAGAUGCCAAUCCCGUUUUGGAAGCUUUCGGUAAUGCGAAAACGACACGUAAUAACAACAGUAGUCGUUUUGGAAAAUUCAUGGAAGUUCAUUUCGAUGGUAAAUAUCAAGUCGUCGGUGGUUUCAUAUCGCAUUAUUUACUGGAAAAAUCCAGGAUUUGCGUUCAGAGUUCGGAGGAAAGGAAUUAUCACGUUUUUUAUUUGCUUUGUGCGGGAGCACCGGAAAAACUUCGCAGGGAUUUAAACAUAACGAAUCCCGAUGAUUUUCGCUAUUUGAAUAAGGGUUGCACUCAAUAUUUUUCAAAUCCGUCAACGGAAAAAAUGUUAAACGUUAGUCAAAAAAGUGAAUGUCAUGGGAGAAGGGGCGGACUCAAAGAUCCCAUGUUGGAUGAUUUUAAAGAUUUUUCAUCGAUGGAUCAAGCACUUUCCAGGCUAGGUUUAACCGAUCAAAAUAAAUUGGAAAUAUAUACGAUCGUCGCGGCUGUUUUACAUUUGGGAAACGUCGAUUUCGAAGACAAUCCUCAGGAUUCGAAAGGAGGAUGUCAGGUGUGUCCCAAAUCGGAAAAAUCCUUAGCAACGGCUGCGACAUUAAUGGGAGUCGAUAAGGGUGAAUUGAGACAAGCACUCGUUUCGAAAGUUAUGAUGACAAGUAGGGGAGGAAUGAAAGGAACGGUCAUAAUGGUACCUUUAAAAGUUUACGAAGCAAACAGUGCGAGGGAUGCUUUGGCCAAAGCUUUGUACAGCAAUUUAUUCGAUCACAUCGUGAGAUCAAUUAAUAAAAGCAUUCCAUUUAAAGUUUCCAGUUAUUACAUUGGAGUUUUAGACAUUGCCGGAUUCGAAUAUUUCACGGUGAAUAGUUUCGAACAAUUUUGCAUAAAUUAUUGCAACGAAAAAUUACAACAAUUUUUCAAUCAACGAAUUUUAAAAGACGAACAAGAGCUUUACAAGAAAGAAGGAUUGAACGUUGAUAAAAUAGAAUUUGUUGAUAAUCAAGAUUGCAUCGAUUUGAUCGAAACAAAGGUCAAUGGAAUAUUCAACCUUUUGGACGAAGAAUCGAAACUUCCCAAGCCAAAUCCGGCUCAUUUCACGACGGAAGUACAUCGUGCUUGGAACGGUCAUUUCCGACUCGGAUUACCACGUACGUCGAGAUUGAAAGCUCAUAGGGAAAUUCGUGACGAUGAGGGUUUUCUCGUCAGGCAUUUUGCCGGAGCCGUUUGCUAUCAAACGAGUCAAUUCAUAGAGAAAAAUAACGACGCACUCCACACGUCUCUCGAGUGUUUAGUACAAGAAAGUAGAAAUAAAUUCCUUCAAAGUUUGUUUCCGGUAAAUAAUAAUUCACAACAAAAGGGUGGUAAAUUGGCUUUCGAUAGCGUGGGUUUAAAAUUUAAAACUCAACUCGGUGAACUCAUGGAUAAGCUCGAAAGCACGGGCACGAGUUUCGUGAGAUGUAUAAAACCCAAUCAAAAAAUGAUUGAUCAUGAAUUCGAAGGAGCCAACAUUCUAUCGCAGCUUCAAUGUUCUGGAAUGACGUCAGUUUUAGAAUUAAUGCAAAUGGGUUAUCCGUCGAGAGCCGUUUUUUCUGAUUUGUACAACAUGUAUCAGAAAUACAUGACGGAUGAUUUGAAAAAAUUAGAUCAUAGAUUGUUUUGUAAAGUACUCCUUCACGCUAUGGGAAUGAGCGAAAAAGAUUACAGUUUCGGUAUAACGAAAGUAUUUUUCAGACCUGGAAAAUUUGCCGAAUUCGACAUGAUAAUGAAAUCCGAUCCGGAAAAUUUGAAAAAAAUACUCUAUAAAGUUAAAAAAUGGUUGAUUAUUCACAGGUGGAAAAUUGCUCAAUGGUGUGCUUUGUCCGUUAUAAAACUGAAAAACAAAAUAGGUUACAGAAGGGAAAAUUUAAUAACCAUACAGAAAAAUAUAAGAAUGUUUUUAAUGAAAAAAAAACACGGACCGCGUUACAAAACAAUUAUGAAAACGAAAGGUAUUGAAUCCAUGCUUACGGAAAUGGAAACGAUGGCUCGACAACUUAAAAACAAUAACAAAAACGUUACGGAAACGGAAAUUAAAAAUUUAAAAACGGAAAUCGCGUCGACAUGUUUGAAAAUUAAGUCGAAUCCAUCGAUAAAACCGGAAGUGUUGGACGAAACGUACAACAGUUUAUUAAAUCGUGCUAAAAAUCUAUUGGGAACGUUACAGAGCAUGUUAGUAGAACAGAAAAAAGCAGAAGAACAGGAAAAACUAAGGAAAAUACAAGAGGAAAUUGAAAAGGAAAGACUUAGAAAAUUAGAAGAGGAAAAAUUGAAAAAAGAAAACGAAGAACAUUUGAAAAAGAAAGCGGAAAUAGAAAACAGGAGAAAAUUAGAAGAGAAAAUGAGAGAAAAAGAUGAAUUAAGUCAAAGGGAAUUGGAAAUACUCAAGGCUGAACAGGAAAAAGAAGAAACUCGUCUUCGUGAACAAAUGGAACAGGAAAGGAGAGAUCACGAAUUAGCAUUAAGAUUAGCAAACGAAUGUAACAGUCAAGUCGAAGAAUUUAAUUCAACGUCUUCUUCGAAAAUGGUAAACGGCGGUGGAAAAAAUUAUACAGGAUCAAACAAACAAUACGAUUUGUCCAAAUGGAAAUACUCGGAAUUAAGGGAUACGAUAAACACGUCUUGCGAUAUAGAAUUACUCGAAGCGUGCAGACACGAAUUUCAUAGACGAUUGAAAGUGUAUCACGCAUGGAAAGCCAAAAAUAAUAAGAAAACAGCUUUAGGACAAAAUGAAAGAGUACCAAAAGUACUAAUGGAAGAAGCGAGUCGAACAACGACGACAAGAUUAAAUAGUAAUAAAGUUUCGGAAUCGUUAAACGGUAAUAAUAAUAAUAAUUCACAAAGGUAUUUUCGCAUACCUUUCGUUCGUCCGAAUAUUCAUAAAACACCAAACGGACCUGAAAAUGGCAUAAUACACAAUCAAACCCUGGGGAAAAAAGGUUGGUGGUAUGCUCAUUUCGACGGACAAUACGUUGCGAGACAAAUGGAAUUACAUCCGGAUAAAACUCCCAUUUUAUUAGUUGCAGGUGUCGACGACAUGCAAAUGUGCGAAUUGAGCCUCGAAGAAACGGGUUUGAAUAGGAAAAAGGGAGCGGAAAUAUUAGAACACGAAUUCGAUAAGGAAUGGAUCAAACACGGUGGUAAACCUUACGUUAGACCAUCACAAAGAAUUAAAUAA